AUGGCCUCAACGUCGAAGCAACCUCCGAAGGGCAUUCUGAAGAAACCCAAAUCUAUCAAAGAGCGGGAUGCUGAUCCCAGAGAGAUCGCCACCGAGCAUGCUAAGAUCAUUGAGCAUCGCAAAGAACUUGAAGCAGAAAUCCUCGAAAACUUGGUCGUCCUUUCAGAAUAUCCUCUCGUCCGCGAACCUCCCUAUAAUGCAUCCAACCCCUCUCCAUCCGACAGGGCCGAUUUCAAAGCUUAUGUUCGCCUUUUUCAGCCUUCAGAUUAUGACGACCUAAUAAUCGAGCGCAACGUGAACGAGCUGUGUGGCUACACUCUUUGUCCGCGACCACGUCGGAAUACAGGGCCUGGCGGAGAGUGGAAGAUUACUAAUGGCAACAUUAUGAAGCGCGAGGACCUUGAAAAAUGGUGCUCUCAACAAUGCGCUCGUCGCGCGCUCUACGUCAAGGUCCAGUUGAACGAGACAGCUGCUUGGGAGCGUGCGGGCAUCCCAGAUAUUGAGAUCGACCUGAUUGACGAGGACAAAUCCCAAGAAACAGAUGUUGACCGAACAGCUCGCGAGCUGGGCAAGCUCAAGCUGGAAGAGCAACGACAAGCAGCUCGAGAUACUGCAGCCCUUGCCCUUGAGCGAGGAGAGCCUGAUGCAUCGCGAAGCAAGAACAAGAAGAUUAAGGUCACACUCAUGGAAAAGGACGCCAAGGCGCCUUCCACUAUGUCUGACAAGCCAGAAGUCUACGACGACGAACACUUACUUGUCGAGGGCUACAAAACAAAACUUAAGCUGGAGGAUGAAAAGCAAAAAUAA